UUUCAGCCAAUCGGUUUAGCGAUAUGGCGGUUUGAAAAUGUUUUAGGAAGUGGCUUUGUCGCGUAGGUAAACAAACGUAGCUUAGCAAGCUAAGCCUUGUUGCAGUGGUUGAGAUAUUGUACAGUUGUACAAUGUGUUUUUCUGCCUUUUAGAUCGUGAACGGCUCGAUAUCCUCAAAACAGGACCCGGCGUUUUCAAGGAGCAUUACACGAGGAGUCCUCAAACUGCUGCAAUGUCUACUUCAAAUUUCAAGAAUAAAUGUGUGACACAAGUCAACUGUAUAUACUGUGACAGUCUGCUGUGUAUGAGAGGGAUGAAAGCUGUGCUGCUAGCCGAUACGGAAAUCGAGUUGUUCUCAACCGACAUACCACCAAACAGGACUGUUGAUUUUGUAGCAAGCUGCUAUUCCACUGACAGCUGCAAAUGCAAGUUGAGAGACAUUGCUUGUUUGAAAUGUGGAAAUGUUGUGGGAUAUCACGUGGUGGCCCCAUGCAAACCCUGCUUGCUGUCCUGCAACAAUGGUCACUUUUGGAUGUUCAACAGUGAGGCUGUGUCCACCAUCAAUAGACUGGAUGCAACAGGACAGAACCUGCUGCUGUGGGGAGAUCUACCAGAACUGGAGGGCAGUGAUGAUGAUGAUGAGAGUCUGGACAGCUUUUCGGAAGAAGAGUACCUUAGAUAGAAACAGAAAUGGUGAAAGGACUUUGAAUUUGACAGUAGUGAAGUAGUAGGCUUUCCCCUGCACAGAUCUCCAUUUAAAGCACAUUGUCCAGUUUUAGCUGACUUGCCCCCUUAAUUUGCAGAUUUCCCAAUAUUUUGUGUUUGAUAUUUCCUUCAGCACCCUCUCAGAUUAUUUUGUUUGACAGAGUGGAACUACCAAAGAAGUAAGGUUUCAGUUUCUGGUUGCAGUAGCACAUUGACAUUAAUUUUUAACAUUAUGAUGUUAUAUGCGUGAUGUCCUUACAGCCUUUAACAAACUGUAGAUUGCGAUUGUAAAGGCGGUAUUACAUAAGUUUAAUGUGCUGAUCCAGGUUGUUUGCUCUGGUACAAAUGCAUUUUGGGAGUCAUCCAAGUAUAGUAUAGUAUAAAUAGAUAGAUAAAAUAAUUGGCAAAUUGGAUGCUGGAUUCACAAGUUAAACCUUGUGUUUGUAAAAGUCUAGACAGUGUUGUAGGAAGAAAUCCCUUUUACCAUGUUUUAAUGGUUUCUAAAUAUUUUGUUAAUUUAAAUUGAAUGCUACUGACUAUACUCUUAAAGGUGCAAUGUGUCACUUUUAGAAGGAUCUCUUGAUGGAAAUGCAAUAUAAUAUACAUAACUAUAUUAUCAGUGGUGUAUAAAGACCUUACAUAAUGAACUGUAUUGUUUUUAUUACCUUAGAAUGAGCCGUUUUUAUCUACAUACACCCCGGGUCUGCUUACAUGGAAGUCACCGUCAUGUUUCUACAGUAGCCCUAAACGGACAAACUGUUCUACAGAGCGCGUUUUUUGUCCCGAUGAUGACAUGUUUGCCUGUGGCAGCUACCGUAGCUUCUCUAUGUGUUUCGAAAUUGAGGCUGGUUGCAAUUAGCAAUCCCUAGCUAGAUGCCGCUAAAACCCCCAUACUGUACCUUUAAGAUGAAUAUCAAUCUGCAUAAUGUUGAAGUGAUACAUAAUAGUACUUUUAUUCUGAACAGGACAUAUUCAUGCAUAGUUCUAUAAUUAUAUGAAGUCCUAUAACUUAAUAUAUUAAGAUUUUAUUCCUUACACAGCUUUGAUGUGAAGUGGCACAAAAUCACAUGGCAGCUCUGAGUAGUUAGAUCUCAGCCAAAUACCAUUUCAUGGGAUUUCAACUUAAUUUUUUUAGUUUUUAUGACAUACUGUGGUACUUUGCUUUGCUUGCUCUUUUCAUUUGUGUAUUUGUUUUUUAAGAGCAUCUCAGUUUUCAAACUAUAUUUUACUUUUUGUCAUAAGGUAAAAGAAAGAAUCUGCUCUUAAUAACUGUGGACAUUUCUGCAUGACACUGUGUGAUAUACUUGGCAUAGUAUGUUUCAGCUUUCUAAUUUUGCUUCUUUUUAUGAAAUUCGAUAUAAUUACAAAGACGCAAAGUCAGUAGCAGUUUUUCACUUCCCUGUUAACCAUUUCACUGUGUAAUUAUACAGCAUUUCAUAUUUAAAUGUCUUAAAAUAGUACGAUUAUGAUGCCUCACUGUAAAUGUGUACCAUAUUUUCCAUGAUAUUGUAUUGGAGGUUUUGCAUUGUCAGUAAAAACAAUAGCAGAAAGAAUGCGCAAACAUUAUUGUGAUAGCUUUCAAGUGUAGCAUUUUUUAGGGUCUGGCUUUUUUAGGUUUUGAAGCAAUCUUAAGUAUGCAUAUAUGACCAAAAUGAUACAAGAAAAUGAUGAAAUGUGUUUAAAUAUUUAACUUAUUAAUGGAGAAUUUAUUUGAUUUCGGUUAUCUAUGUUUUGAAUGUAUUUAUUAACAGACAUGAUACUGUAUUUAUACUGACAUGAUUUCAUUUGCAUCAUGUGAGGAUGAGGCAAAACGAUUUAACUUUUGAUCUGCACUGACAAAAGUUGUUGGUUUAAAUUUUUGGUUGUUUUGUAUGCUGAAUGUCUUGAUAUUAAACUUUUUAUUGUGGA